CGUUUCAAUGUUGCUCUUAAUAGUUACGUCGUACAUAGUAGUAGCAUAGGUAUUAUGUAAGCACAUGACAACUACAUAGUACAUACAUAGUACUACUAAGGUGGCCAGUGCUCGGAGCGGUGAAUAUUCCUAGAUUAGGGAAUUUCUAGAACCUCAACCCGAACCCGGUAAGGCUACAUUGCCCGACUUUGCCAAGCGGGUUGCAGUGUCAUCGGAUCCAUAUCCAUGUCAUCCAUGUCACCAACUAACAAAAAACAUUCGGGAUAAUGGCACCGAAUAAAAUGUUGGUCUCCGCUUUCUAUGAAGUCGUUGGGCUUCGACGUCUUGAAACAUUGCAAAGCCUCCCACCAUUCAUUCUUUACUUGAACCUCUUUCAUGCCCUCUUUUCAUGUCCUAAGCAGUCAUGUUGUUCUCGCUGACAGCGCUCCUUUUUGCGCCGUCGUUUGUCGCAUCUACCACUUCGGGUUACGCGCAGUCAUCUCCAGUGUUCCCGUCCCCACCCGGAAAAGGUGCGGGCAUAUGGGCCGACGCGUAUGAAAAUGCACAGGAUUUCGUACGGCAGAUGACUCUGGAAGAGAAAGUCAACAUUACUCGUGGUUUCACCGUUACCGACAAUGUCUGUGCUGGCAAUACCGGGACUGUGCCUCGACUAGCCUGGCCCGGCAUGUGCCUACACGACGCAGGCAACGGUGUCAGAGCCGCGGACCUCGUCAACUCGUACCCGUCUGCUCUCCACGUCGGCGCCAGUUGGGAUAGGAACUUGACUUACGAUAGAGCCUAUUACAUGGGGCAGGAGUUCAAGGCGAAAGGAAUCAAUGUCUUACUCGGUCCCAACGCCGGCCCGUUAGGGAGAACCCCUUUAGGUGGUAGAAACUGGGAAGGCUUCUCUGUUGACCCAUACCUAUCCGGCCAACUGAACGCCGACACAAUCGUUGGCCACCAGGAUGCUGGCGUAAUCGCGACCUUAAAGCACUUCAUAGCCAACGAACAGGAAACGUACAGAAGGCCAUACUUUGGCGUCGAAGCAGUUUCGGCUAAUGUUGAUGACAAAACGCUUCAUGAGCUGUACCUCUGGCCCUUCAUGGAUGGUGUGAGGGCGGGUGUCGCCUCAGUCAUGUGCUCUUAUAAUCGCAUUAACAAUACCUAUGGCUGCGAGAAUAGCAAGCUUAUGAACGGUGUCCUUAAGACCGAACUCGCAUUUGACGGGUUUGUGCUUCUUGACUGGAACGCCCAACACAACCUCGAGAGUGCCAAUGCUGGACUAGAUAUGCUUAUGCCUGGGGGCGGCUUCUGGGGCAACAACCUAACUCAGGCAGUUCAGAACGGAUCUGUCAACGAAGACAGGGUAACCGAUAUGGCCACAAGGAUCCUCGCAGCCUGGUUCCUGGUGGGCCAAAAUGGCACCAAUUUCCCCGUGCCGGGAAUUGGAUUGAAGAAUCUUACGCAACCACACGAGCAGGUUGACGCGCGUAUUCCCGAGUCCAAACCUGUGAUAUUAGAAGGAGCAAUAGCUGGACACGUUCUAGUAAAGAACAACGAUGCCUUACCGUUCAAGAAGAACCCCACUAUGCUAUCAAUCUACGGCUACGACGCCACUAUUCCAGGCACCAAAAAUACGGAUAAUCUUUUCCAACUUGGCUACACGUCCUCGGCGGAGAUGGGGCAAGCAGUAUUGGGCACGGAGCAACACUUUAACCAAGCCGCUAAAGGCGGUACCAUCGUCACUGGCGGAAGAGCUGGCGCUAACGGGCCAGCUUAUAUCGACGACCCGUUGAGUGCCUUUCAGCAGCGGGCAAAAGUUGACGGCACUUGGAUCAACUGGGAUUUGACAUCAUCUAACCCCGACGUCAACGCGGCCUCGGAUGCGUGCUUGGUCUUCAUCAACGCAAUCGCUACUGAGGGAUGGGACAGAGAGGGACUUCACGAUGACUUCAGCGAUGGCCUUAUCCUAAAUGUCGCCUCCAAGUGUGCAAACACCAUCGUCAUCAUUCAUGCUGCUGGGAUUCGCCUCGUUGACCAAUGGAUUGACCAUCCUAAUGUCACCGCAACAGUAAUCGCUCAUUUACCUGGCCAGGACAGUGGGGAAGCUCUUGUAAAACUUCUAUACGGCGAGGCUGUAUUCUCAGGAAAGCUCCCGUACACAUUGGCCAAGAAUGAAAGUGAUUACGGGGUCUACGCGGCAUGCGGUCGCGGUCCUACCAAUACCACAGACCCUCAGUGUGACUUUACGGAAGGGGUCUAUGUCGAUUAUCGCCAUUUUGACGAAAAGGACAUUCUCCCACGCUUCGAGUUUGGUUACGGGUUGUCGUACACUACAUUCAAUUAUUCUUCACUCGCAAUCGAACCAUUAGGUAUCAAACCGGAUGCACAAGGAUCGUCCACCCCAAGUAGCGACGAAGCUUUGUGGGAGGUAAUCGCUACGGUCAACGCCACAGUUACCAACACCGGGCCUGUAGCUGGUGCUGAAGUAGCGCAGCUCUACCUUGGCAUCCCGAAUAGUCCUCCAAAGCAGCUUCGCGGCUUUAAGAAGAUUAAUCCGUCGCCUGAAAAUUCGACCGAGGUCGUUUUCGAGCUGACGAGGCGCGACUUUAGCGUGUGGGAUGUCAUUACUCAAGGAUGGGUGGUACAGAGUGGUGAGUACGCAGUGUAUGUCGGCGCGAGUAGCCGGGAUAUUAGAUUAGAUGGCUCUAUCACAGUUUAGGAGGCUGAGAUACACCACAAAUUUGAUAUUCUAGUGAAUCAGGUAGCGAUUCAAUCCUAAAAUCCAUACUAAGUCUUUCACGUAAUGAUUUCUACAAAUACUAGUUGACUACGAAAUUCAUUCUAGUUAAAGAGUGAAGAACUGUUCUCACCCAUCCAAUCCCAAGUGAAUUAGAC